CCGCUAACGCCGGAGAACAUCAACCGCAUGCAGGAGCAGAUAUCUCAGCAUCAUUUGGCUAUUGCCUCAGUAGCUGCACUGACUGAGAAAAUUGUUCCAUACCUCGACGAGGCUAUCGCCCUGUACACGUCGGUUUUGAACGGUGAGUAUCCGGUUGAGAAGGAUGAGUCACAGGUCCAAGCUGCCCUGUGUGCUUUACCGCACACGAACGUGCCAGCUGUGAACACCGUGAACAGUAUCCAGCCUAGUGUAGAUUUCGACCUAGUCAAGUUUGCCCACAGCCCGGAUGGCUACAUCAAUGAGUUUAUUGCUUCAGGCUUGAAGGACCCUCAUGCGGACAACACUGCCAAGCACACGUUUUUGCUUUCACAUUCACCUCCUCUGCUCAGGUACUUUUUGUCCAAUGAGGCCAAUUUUGUUGAUAACUGGGACGGCUUUACGAAAAAGGCUCGUGCUGCAUUCAGGCGUGCUGCUGCAAUUGGCACGAUCAUCAAAGAAAGGAAUGAGGUCGCCGGCUUCGUCGACUGCAACAGCAUCUUCAAGCUUCGCAAAAUGAAGUAUGGAAACGUUUGCUCCGAGGUCAACAUCUUUUCGAGCAUCUGCACCGUGGCCCAGCAACAAGUGAUUGUUGAAGCCCUGGUGAAAGAAGGGAUCUUCAACAUUACCCAAGGCGGCCUGGCUAGGGCCAUGCGCCGCUUGCCGACCACUUCCGCCUAACCAAACUCA